AUGGAGAUCCAGUUGCUGCCACUUCCUAUUUCUCUUUUAACAUUGUGCUCUUUGAGCUGUAGUGCAAUAUUUAGCGUAGCAUCAUCCCCCUCGUUAGCAAAGCCUAAUUGUCCAUCCCAUUGUGGAAGCAUAGAAAUCCCUUUUCCUUUUGGAAUUGGACCGGGUUGUUACCAAGACAACAGCACAUUUGACCGCGGGUUCCAGAUAUUGUGUGACAGUUCGACCAAUCCACCAAAACCUUUCUUGAAACUUCCCAACAAUACUCGACCGGAGGUGCUCGAGAUAUCUCUUAAGGGCACUCUAAGAAUUAACAGUCCUAUCUUCUUUUCCGAUUGCCCUAACAAGCUAAACAACCGCCAGUCACCAAACCUACCCAACCUGCUUUUAUAUACUCCUUUUCGGGUGUCAGAGGAGAACAAGUUCACUUCGGUGAGUUGCGGGAGGAUUGCAUCGCUGACGUUCCCGGAGCGUGAAGGGCAAAUAAUGGCUGUCUGUUUGUCCAUUUGUGAUGAGUACAGUCCCGUAUUGGUAAAUAAUACCUGCAAUGGUAUCAACUGUUGUCAGACAUCCAUUCCUUUUUCCACUUUUGGAGUCCUCAAUACUAGUUUUGGACCUUUGAUAAAUGGUAGCGGCUCUGAAACAUCAGCUUGCAAGUAUGCGUUCCUGGUAGACCCAGAAUGGUUUACUUCACAUUCAACAAAUACUUCUGCCAUUGCUGAGAUGGAUUACGUUCCCAUAGUGCUAGAAUGGUGGUUGAUGUUCGGAGGAAUAGAUAAUUCUACUUCUACUCAAGAUAACAUGAACAGGAAUUGCAAAUCUUGGAGAGGUCCAUGUUUCUGCUCAAAGGGCUAUCAAGGAAACCCCUAUCUUCUUGGUGGAUGUCAAGAUAUCAAUGAAUGCGAGGAUCCAAAACUCCCUAAUAUAUGUGGUUCUGCCGUUUGUUCGAAUAUUGAUGGAACCUUUGAAUGCUACACCUACAACCCACAACCUCAAAAUUUAGUUCUCUGCAGUGUUUUGGGACUGGUUUUUGUAAUCAUUGGCGUGUGGUGCUUGCACAAAGUCUUAAAGAAAAGGAAAAACAUUAAGCGCAAGCAAAAGUUCUAUACACAGAAUGGUGGUUUGUUGUUGGAGAAACUAUUAUCUUCUGGUGAGAUCAAUGUUGAGAUGAUUAAGUUGUUCGAUGCAAAAGAAUUAGAGAAAGCCACAGAUCAGUUUAAUGCAGACAGAAUUCUCGGUGAAGGAGGCCAAGGUACAGUUUAUAAAGGAAUGUUGACAGAUGGAAGAAUUGUUGCUGUCAAGAAGUCAAAAAUAGCAGACAAAGGAGAAGUGUGUCAAUUCAUUAAUGAAAUUUUCAUUCUUUCACAAAUUAACCACAGGAAUGUGGUUAAACUCUUGGGAUGUUGUUUAGAGAGUGAAGUUCCCUUAUUAGUUUAUGAAUUCCUACCUAAUGGAACCCUUUCUCAAUACAUUCGCAGUCGUGAUGAGGACUUCCCUCUUACAUGGGAAAUACGAUUACGAGUUGGUACCGAAGUUGCUGGAGCCCUUUCCUACUUGCAUUCAUCUGCUUCUAUGCCCAUUUACCAUCGAGACAUUAAGUCUUCAAACAUACUCUUGGAUGAGAAGCAUAGAGCAAAAGUUGCAGAUUUUGGAACCUCAAGAUCGGUUUCCAUUGACCAAACGCAUCUUACCAUGACACACGUAAAUGGAACUUUUGGUUAUCUGGACCCUGAGUACUUCCAGUCUAGCCAAUUCACAGAUAAAAGUGAUGUUUAUAGCUUUGGAGUAGUCCUUGCCGAGCUCUUGACUGGACAAAAACCAGUUUCUGUAACAAGGUCAGAGGAGGGGAGACAAGAAGGGAGAAGCCUAGCAACUUAUUUCAUUGUUUCCAUGGAGGAGAAUUUCUUGUUUGAUAUUCUUGAUGCUGAAGUUAUGAAAGGAGGUAAGAAAGAAGAGAUAAUGGCGGUUGCUAAUCUUGCAAAACGUUGCUUGAAUAUGAAAGGAAAGAAGCGUCCUACUAUGAAAGAAAUAGCAGUUGAGUUGGAGGGAAUUCUAAUGUCAAGUAAAUCUUCUGAUGUUGAACGCAUUACAGAGAUUCAAUAUCUCCAGACGAAAAUUGUCAAGGCUUGGGGUGUUGUUUCCACAUCAACAGGGUCUCAUUUGAACAGUGGUUCACCAUUAGAUGUGCAACCACUAUUGUCUUUCAAUUCGCACUGA